AUGGCUCCUGAGGAUGCCCUCGCUGUUUCCUAUGCUAUUCCGCUCCAAAGCUUCUGUCAAAAUUUGCGUGGUGCUCGUAUGCUUGUCGGCUCGUACUUCGACAACCGGAUGUUGGAAAAGUCAACCCCCUCUGAGCUCAGGGCGGCCGUAACAAGCGCGCAUAAAUAUCUAGUUGCGCACAUGGAGACCCUGCAUGCUUUCCGACUUCAAGAUUCCCGCUACGGCCUCGCUUUGCGUUCCCAAAUACUGCGAGUCGUCUCCAAAAUUCCUGCGAGUCAGCGAGACUCCCGUUGGUGCAUCUGGUCAUUGUCGGAAUGCGACCAUAGUCGUAACACCCUCAUUCUCGACGAGUCCCUCUGUAUCCCUGGUGACCCCGAUUAUUCGAAGAAUGGCGAACACUCCGUGCCUGAGUACGACCUCUGGCCUUAUCGUGUGGAAGACAUCGUUGCGCUGCCAGUUCGUCAUAGCGCUAUGCCAUCUCCUACUAAAAAGACUCAGCCUGCCGAUGCAAGUCUCGCAACGAGUAAAACCCCUCGUCCACAAAUGAUAACAAAACCGCAGCCACCCAGGCAACUCUCUUUCGCUAACUACUGGCCAACUAAAAAGAUGGACAAGGCUUCCAAGCCUACGCCGAAGCCUGCUUCUAUGCUGGCAUCUUCCACUGCACCGUUCACGCGCAAGCGAGCUCGUGAUGAGCGUGAACGUGACAGCUCCCCAAUUUUAAAUACGCCACAGAAGGAGCAAGCCUCCACUUUCCGCCAUGUGGGUCCCCAGAAACCCGCGACACCUUCCAAGAAGUCUGUGGGUACCGCCAAGAAGCCUGUAAUGCAAGCCCCUCCGAUUGCUGCGCUUGAGGAUGAGGAUAUGGGGGGUGAUGCUGCAGGAGAGGAGGAACAAGUGGUAGAGGAAUUAGUAGAGGAGGAGGAUGACCCUUCUCCUCCACCAGUGAAACACAUACAAAGGCAGUUGCCUGACGUGGUACCCCCUCCCCGUGUGUAUCAUCCUCUAACUGGAGAGCCGUUAAACAGUCUCUCAUUUAUUUCACUUCCUACAGCACUUCGUACUCCCAUUCUGCUUAAUGCUUCCAAGAAACUCUCUGAGACGGCUAAGGAUAAACAAAAGGCCACCGCACCUCCAUCUCCUUCUCCAGUGCCUCAACCUAAAAAACGUGGCCGUGGUCAUCCCUUGGGUUCCAAGAAUAAGAAGGGUCGAGGUGCUUCAAGCACGCCUAAAUCGAGUCGCGACCAUCUCAACGCCUCAGUCGUUACUGGAAAUGCGCGUGCUAAAGCUUCGUCCGUGGCUUUGUCCUACGAAGCUCCUUCUCCUGCCAUGCAAGAUGAAAUUCCCGAAGAAGAAAUGGAACCGGCGCCUGCGUAUGAAGAGGAAGCAACCGUGCCAAUGGAAACUCCAGUGCCCGAGACCGAAGGCGACGUCGUGCAUGCACGACGAUUCACUGGGGCAGAGACCGAGCCCAUCGCGUCUGGGUCUGGCGCGCAAGAGGAAGAACUUUCAUUGAGUGUCUGUUCCAUCACGGUUGAUAAUACCGUGUAUGCAUGCGCCUUCCACCCAUCGGUGGAUCUCCAAUUCCAUGAGCCCUUGUCUCGUCAAGCACUCGAGUGUCUCAAGCUGUCAGUGCUGCCUCCUGCUCCGGAAUCAUUGUCUAAACCUACUACCGAGACCAAUACCCGUGGCUCUUGUGUCUUUCGUGCCCAUUCAGAUCUGGACCCGCACUUUCUUCGUGCACCAGAUAUCUUCUGGCCCUGCUUCAAUUGCAGUUUCUCUGGCGUUCCUGAACUCUGCGAGUUCGUCGGAGAAGUCGGUGAAGAGGCCUGCACUAGGUGCAAGUCUAGCAGGCACGGAAAAUGCUCCACGCGUCUCAAUGCCACAGACUUCCAUCGCGUGGCUACCCUUCUCGAUCCACUCAUCUUGAGUGGUGAUCCUGCUAUUCGUGAGCGUCUCGACCGUGUCACCAUCCUUGAUGCCGAAAUCAGUACUUUUUACAACCUUGCUCACAGCCGUAUGGCCGAGCACAACAAGGUUGUCCAGGAAUUGGUGGACGGUCUGGAUGCCAUUGCCUCGCGCGAGGGUGGUACCGCUAUCAUCGACGGCUACACUGAGGUCUCCGACCUUAUCCGUUCUUUCAUCGUCGACGUUGGCAAAGAUGCUUCUGAGUCUGGGUCCGAGGGUGAUAAUAAAGAAGUCUAA